AUGGACACUGGAUACAACGUAGGAAUACCCCGCGAAGAACAAGGGCAUAAGACCAGCUUCUCCAUUGAAACACAGCAGAUACAGACAUUCCGAGUAAUCAUCAUCCAACACCACAACCUCACGCAGCCCCAGAUCAACCCCAAGCAACAACCAACCUGGAAACAAGAAAAGCAAGACAGAACCCUAUCCAGCAGCAUACACCCAUGUCCAGUCCAUGUCCAGUCCAGUCCAGUACAGUACACCCCCUUAUUCCCAAUCCAACCCAACUCAACUCCUCCUCCAAGCAUGCAAAAGCACUCCCCGAAAGAAAAUCCUUUCAUGUACACAGGAUGCAUGGUGGAAGAAGCAAGGGGGAGACGCCCGCAGCACCGACCCACUGUAGAACCCAGAAACAGGACAGUCAAUCAUCGAACCUCGAUUCUGAGAUCGAGAAAGAGAAUGCGGAUGCAAGAUAGAUGCUUGCUUACUGUUACUGUUACUGUUACUGUUACUGUACUUGUACUUGCAUGCAUGCACUGCACUGCAUUGCAUGUAUGCAUGCAUAUGUAUAUGUGUGUGUGUGUAAGUGGAAAACGGUUGCUGGGUACGGACUUCACGAGCAUUGCAGAUAACCCAGGAGCUGGAAGCUGCAGGGUGAAAUCUCGGGGGUGA